AGUGCGCUCGGGCGGCGCGGCCCCGCUGACAGCAGGCGGGAGGGGCGGGGGGCUGAUGGCGGCCGGGUCCGGGGGCAGGAAGCCCGGCGCCCCGCGGGACGCGGAGUCCGAGGUCUGGUCCCGCCGCGUCAGGGACCUGGUGGGCUCCGGGCCCGGCAACCGCCUCUGCUUCGAGUGCGGCCAGCGCGGCGUCACCUACGUGGACAUCACGCUGGGCAGCUUCGUGUGCACGGGCUGCUCGGGGGCGCUCCGGGGCCUGAACCCCCCGCACCGCGUCAAAUCCAUUUCCAUGACCACCUUUACCGAGCCCGAGGUGCUGUUCCUGCAGGCCCGUGGCAAUGAGGCCUGCCAGAAGAUUUGGCUGGGAUCCUUCGAUCCCCGCACGUCGCUGCUCCCAGACUCCAGGGACCCGCAGAAAGUGAAGGAGUUCUUGCAGGAGAAAUACGAGAAGAAGAGAUGGUACGUCUCACCGGAUCAAGCCAAGGGUGCUGCCUCCCUGGCCAGCCAGAGCUCCACCCCAGAGGUGAAGCCCCAGCAGACCCUUUUAGGGGACUCGGGAGGACUCCUCACAUCUGCCGGAUCCAGCCGGACCUCGGGCCAGCCCCGCCUGCCACACCAGCGCACCCCCCAGCCGGCCAAGAAAGCCAGCACAGACCUCCUGGCGGAUAUCGGCGGGGACCCUUUCGCCGCCCCCCAGCCGGCCCCUGCCUUCGCCAUGUUCCCUGCCUUCCCCAGCCAGGCCCCAGCCCAUGCUGCCUUUGCCAAUUUUGAUGCCUUUGGGUGCAGCCCGGUAGCGUCGGCCUUCGGGGGGGCGUCAGUGCCAUUCCACACCCAGUCGACAGCCGCAGCCAGUCGGACAGUCCCGGGCGGUUACAGCUUUGCAGGGGGUGCCCAGGUGAGCGGCUUUGGCGCCUCCCCCUCCAGCCACCCUGGCAGCGGGAUCCCGGACAUGGGCGGAGCACCCGGCAGCCUCUUUGGGAGCCUGAGCCAGCCGGCAGCCCUGCCUCCGACCAGCCCUGCGCCCGCCUACGGGGCCUACACCAACCCCUUCGCCCCGCCCGCCGCCCCGCCUACCCGGCCCAGCACCAACCCCUUCCAGCCCAACGGCACCGCACCAGACGGCAGCUCCAUCCCCGCCCUUCGUCAUCAAGCAUCCAGCCACCAACCCCUUCUUAUAGCGAGGUGCCCGGACGGCUGCUGUGGGCAGGAAGUGCCCAUCCCAUCCAGCAGGGGGCAGGCCGCUGCAGCCACCCCUUCCCCCCCCGCACCGGCUUCCAACUGCGCAGCCCCAACGCCGUGAGGAUGGGCUGGACCAAGUGCUUUAACUACUGCGAUGGCUUCUAAGGGAACCGGCCCGGAGGAGAGCUGGCCCUUGAAGAGAGGUUCUGGGCCCAGCACCGAGGCAUUCUGGGACUUGUAGUCUCGGUGGGGAUUUUUCAGCAGGGCAUGCUGGGAAAGUGGAGGGGGGUGGGAAUGUGGGUCAAGUGGGUUAGCUGGCCCUUAAGAGGGGUCUGGGAUUCUUCUGGGCCUUGUGGUCCAGAGGGGAACCCCAAGGGAGCUGGAGGUGGGGCAGCAAUGCAUGCUGGGAAAGGGAGCCCUCUCUGCUUCUCCUCCCAAGCAGGAAGGGCUGGGGUCCCUUUGGGGGCUGGAAUGAAUGUGGGCUCUGCCCUGGGGGGCUGGGAUCCCUGAGGGGCUGGAAUCUCUGGGGGGCUCCGCCAUGGGGGCUGGGAUUCCUGGGGGGCUGGAAUCUUUUGCGGGCUGGAAUCUCUAGGGGGCUCCGCCAUGGGGGCUGGGAUUCCUGGGGGCUCCACCAUGGGGAGCUGGGCUCCAUCCGGCGCUCUGCCUUUUCUGGGGGGUUGAGCUGUCCCCCCUCUGAGCCGCUCUGACCCCAUCGCAGUCUAGGCUCUGCCCGAGUGAGAUUCUCCCCACCCAGACCCACUGACCGUGCAGCCCCAGCCCCUCUUCGUGGGGUGGAACCCAGGAGUCCUGGCUCCUCACCACCCCUCCCCUCUGCUGUCACCCCAUCUCUGGCCAGCUGCUUCCUCACAGCCUCCCAUGUUCCAGCCCCCGUACUCCUGAACCAGGGGUGGGGGAACCUGGCCUGGCCUUCAGGCUCCCCCUCCCGGCUGCUGGCCCUCGAAUCACUCUCCUGCCCCACAGGGGUGCUGGCCAGAGCAGCUGGGCGCCCUAGAUACCAGCCCCACAGCAGCAUCCCCAGCACGGACUGUCCCCCUCGACGGCGUGCGCUAAGCGGGGAGGGGCCCUCGAUCUACAUCAGACCUGCACCAAGGGCGGCCCCCCCCUGCUGUAAGCACUGGGGAGAGAACCCAGGAAUCCUGCCUCCCAGUCCCCCCUGCUCUAACCCACCAGCCCCCACUCUCAUCCCACAGCCAGGGAGAGAACCCAGGAGUCCUGGUGCCCAGCCCCCCCUGCUCUAACCCACCAGCCCCCACUCU